AUGACUAGACUGCUACUCUUCAGGAAAGCUUCUCAGAAGCUAGAAGAUGCCUUUGCAGUGGAAGUGAGAGAAGUCAACUCCAGUGAGCCCUCAUACAACCUCAUCAGCAAGCUGAAGCUCCCCAACAAUGGGAGGAUUCGUGCUGGCAAAGGCUUUCCCAAGACUGUUUUUGUGAUGUGUGUCUUAGGUAUUAUCCUCAUUAGGGGCAAUUGUGCCAGUGAAGAAGACAUCUGGAAAGUCCUGAAGAAGAAGCGAAUCUAUCCAGGAAAGAAGCACCGCAUCUUUGGUGAGCCCCGGAAGCUCCUGACCCACUAUUUGGUGAAGCUGGAGUACCUGGAGUACAGGCAGGUGGCCGGCAGUGUUCCUCCACGCUAUGAGUUCCUUUGGGGUCCCCAAGCCUAUGCUGAAACAAGCAAGAUGAAAGUCCUGGAAUAUUUGGCCAAGAUAAACCAAACAACACCUAGUGCCAUCUCUGCCAUUUACGAAGAGGCUUUGAAAGAUGACCAAGGACAAACAGAAGCCAGAGAUGAAGAUGACUCUGAUGCCACUGACCAAACUAGUGAAGAACCCUCAGUAAAAUUACCAGCAAAUUGCACUGUCACCGUUGACCCUUAA